UAGUUCCCACCAUCUUCCCCCCAUUUUCACUUUGAUGACUUGACUUGAAAGCUAUCAGAUCAGCUCUCUGUUUACUUCUCCCCUAACUCCCUUCAUCCUCCUCAUCGCUCCAGUCGCUUCCAUGUCUUCCCAAAACCAGGACCCCGAAUUCACAUUCAAUCCCCACACAACAAUCAUGUAUGACGUGUACAUAAGUUUCGAACCCCACUACCCUUCCCACCCUUUCAUUUCACUUCUCUCUGGCGCUCUCAAACGUGCUGGAGUGCAUCUUUUUCUGGACAACUACAUGAAGCCAAAAAGUAAAGACCUUAUACUAUCUAGCGUAAUCAAAGGAUCCAGAGUUUCUAUCGUAGUUUUCACUACCGAUUUUGCUUGUACAACCUGGAGUUUGAAAGAGCUUGAGAAAAUCAUGGAGUAUCGCAGCAGCAGAGGUCAGCAAGUUGUGCCUGUGUUCUAUGAGGUAGAUCCCGAGGAAGUGUUUAAUCAGACUGGCCAUUUCGGAGAAGCUUUGUUGGCUACUCUUGCAAGAACUUCAACCAAUCAAGCCAAGGUGUUGAGUUAUAGGACCGCGCUAAAAGAAGCUGCUGCCAUUUCACCAAGGUUUCUCACCAAUUUUCGGGAUAGAAGCAACACCAUAGAUAGUAUCGUUGGACAUGUUACCUCUUUGCUAGAUUCAACUGCCUUAUUCGUUGCAGAACAUCCAGUGGGAGUAAACUCUCACGUGCAAGAUUUGAUUCAACUGUUAGAUAAUAAGAAAUCAGAUGGUGUUUUCAUUAUGGCAAUAUGGGGAAUGGGAGGAAUAGGUAAAACAACAGUUGCCAAAGCCCUCUACAAUCAAAUUAGUCACAAUUUUGAUGUGAGGAAAUUUGUCCCGGACAUAGAUGAAAGGAUGGAGGAUUUCCCAAGAAGGUGGCCUUUGGGCAUUAUAGAAGAGGAGCUUCUUUUGUUUCUCAAAGAACAAGUUGCAACAAAAGCUUGCAAUUUCGACUCAACAAGUGUUAUAUGGUGGGAAGGAAUUCGUUGUGUAAAGGUAUUGCUUGUACUUGACAAUGUGAGAAGUGAAAAAGAGCUAGAGGUUUUGCCUGUAACUUGUGAAUGCUUUGGUCCUGGGAGUAUAAUAAUCAUCACCACAAGGACUAAACAUGAUCAGUUUAAUGAGACUGGAAUUAAUCAUGUUUACAGACUGAAAGAAAUGGAUUACAACGAAUGUGUUGAGCUUUUUAGUCAGAGUGCUUUCAAGAAAGCAACUCCUGAAAGGACUUAUGCUGAUCUGAUCAAUCGUGCACUUGAAUAUUCUGAUGGAUUGCCACUAGCUCUUGUGGCGGUUGGAUCUGUAUUAUUUGAAAGAAGUAGAGUAGAGUGGGACAGUGUAUUGGAAAGGCUUAAAAGAUUUCCCCUUCAAGAUGUAUGGCAAGUUUUAAGAAAAAGCAUUGAUUCUUUGGGAUAUGAUAUGAAGCAAAUGUUUCUUGUGCUAGCUUAUUUGAGUCAUUUCUUUAUUGGAAUGGACCGAAAUGAUGUAACUCAAAUAUUACAAAAAGCUGGAUGUGAUGUGGUAGUGGCACUAAAAGCAAUCAAAGGGCUUGAAGAUCAUAGUCUUGUGUCGUUUGAGAAGGACAAGUUUCAUUGA